AUGCCAUUCAGAUUCCCAGUUAAGUUUCCAAUACCCAAGCACGCUCAUGUAAAUGCUAGAGUUCUCAGAGACCAAUUCAAAAGAUUGCAAUAUGCUGAACAUGAAGUCACCAGAAAUGCAUUGAGAUAUAUUGCUAGAAACACUGAGUUACCAGCUAGAGCUAGAAUGGAAGCACAAAUCCAACUUGGUACCAUGCCUUCUUAUACUGCUUUCUCCCAAAUUAAAAACAGAUGUGUUGCUACUGGUCAUGCCAAGUCGGUUCUUGGUGAUUUCAAGUUAAAUAGAACUGCAUUUAGAAACAAAGCCAGAGCAGGUUUAAUUCCUGGUGUCAAGGUUGCUUCUUGGUGA